AUGGCGGCUAUCGCCGAGGAAGCUUACGAGCAGCACAGCGAAGAUUUUGAACAUGAAUUGCGAGACAGAACACCGCUCAUCCUUUACAAAUCCCAUAAGGACUUUCAGGAAACCAACAUAAUUCUCCAAGAACUUCACGAAGGCAUUGGAGGGUUUGCAGAACUCUUUAAACACCGUAUUGUUAUACCGUUCACUGGGUCCCUGGAAGCGUUUCGAGAGGUAAUUUUUCACGAGCUCAUUCAUAUUUUCCAAUACGAUAUUAUCUAUCAGAAACCGCACGCCCGCAUCUAUAGUGGUGAGUUCCUCUAUUCCCCGCCAAUCUGGUUUAUAGAGGGGAUGGCAGACUAUUUUGCCGAAGACAAUGAUGCAAUUGGGGAGAUGGUGGUCCGCGAUGCCAGCAUAAAUAACAAUAUUGUGCCACUACCGCAACUUCACAAUUUCAACCGACUCACUUCACCCUUCGUUGGAUAUAAGUUAGGACAAUUGGCGGUGGCGUAUCUCACGGAAACUUAUGGACGAGAGAAAAUCGCAGAGAUUUUACAGGGGUUACGUCAGAGUCGCACGAAGGACAUUGACAGUGUUUUCAAAGAAGUGCUCGGAGUAGAGCUCAAAGAAUUUGAUAAGGCAUGGCGGCAGACAGUCCGAAGACGCUACUGGCCCCUCAUUGAGGACAGGGAAUUGCCGGAUCUGGUCGCGAAGAACCUUACCGAGGAAGCUCGAUACUCGCAUAACAUUAAACCUGCCUGGUCUCCGAGCGGCGAUAUUAUCGCUUACGUCACAGGGAAUGAGGGGUUUCUGGAAAUUGUCCUCAUGUCCGCAAAAACGGGUGAACGCAUCGAGCGGGUCACCAAGCGAUUUUUCCGUGAUAAAUACGAGGAGAUCCGAACCGAUUUCGGCGGGUUUGGUAGAAGCCUCGCCUGGGCACCCGACGGUGACAGGAUCGCAUUCAUCGCCAAACAUCACAAUGCGAAUUAUCUCCUUGAAGUCAAUAUUUUGACUGAGGAGCUGACGCAGUACUUCGAGUUGGAUUUCGAUAACGUCACUUCACCGGACUACGAUGGCAGCGGUGAACGGAUAGUUUUUUCUGCCCUAAAAGAGGGACAGACGGAUCUCUAUGUAAUUGAAUUGCUGACGGGUGAAGUGGACAGGCUUACUUUCGAUCCAUUUAACGAUACGCAUCCAUCAUGGCAUCCGAUAACUGGCGAAAUCAUCUACACCUCCGAGCGAGGAACCAAAAAUAGACUGGUGCUGAUGAACCUCAACCAAGGUACAGAACGCUUGUUGACCGAUGGCACCUAUAACGCUAUCAGUCCAACUUGGACACCGGAGGGAACAUCGAUUCUUUUCUGUUCGGAUCGGCAGGGCAUUUAUGAUAUACACAAACUUGAAAUCGUGGAGAAGGACAGCAAUCAGGGGAGUAGCGAUCAGCAAAAAAGCGAUCAGCAAUCGGCGGUCAGCAGUCAGCAGAAUAGCCGUCAGCCGUCAGCGGUCAGCAGUCAGCAAGAGCGGUUGCCUCGCAGUGAGAGUUCACCAGAAAACCUCUUAACCGACAGCCACGCCAACGGAGAAGUCGUCGUAGGGGCGAGGUCACCUCGCCCCUACGGUAGCACGGAACCUGUGGGUUCUCGAUCUUUAGAAGUUGAGUUGACGCGCCUUACCAGUAUGAUGACAGGUUGUUUCAAUCCGAGCUUGGCUCCGGAUGGCAAACACCUAUUGUUUAGUGCCUACCAGAAUGGAAAAUACGAUGUCUGUAUCAUGGAGAUUGCCAAGGCGAUUGAGGAAAAAAUCGAGGUUUCAAGCGUGGCGGAACCCGCUGUAAUUUUAACGGAAGAAGAACAAGAAAAUUAUAGGAUUGCCAAGCGGAAAUACAGCACGAAAUCCUCUUUUGCUUUAGAUGCUAUUUUCCCGGAUUUCAGUUUCGGGGCAGAUGGCCUCCUGAGAAGUACGGUGCAAAUCGUCGGCAGUGACAUGUUAGGCAACCAUCGUAUCGGGCCGUUUUCAUUCAACUUCCAAACGCGCGAACCUUUGGAUCCGUACAACGAUAGAGGCUUACUCACAACGGGUUCCAUUGCAUUUGUUGGAGAUACGACGAUGUGGCGGGAGUGGACACCUUAUACCGGUUCGCGGUACCGUAUCGAACUUGAACAAUCCUUCCCGGCACUUGGUAGUGAAUUGUCGCUAACAAAUGUUAUUUUUGAUGCACGACGCUAUUUCGGGUUGGGCAGACGGUCUACUGUUGCUGCGCGGUUAUUGCUCGGUGGUAGUUUCGGUGAUGAUAGAUCCUAUUUUUAUCUCGGUGGGAUAGAUACGCUACGUGGCUAUAAUUACGAAGAGUUGGUUGGAACACGUAUCGGGCUUCUCAACUUCGAGGUUCGUAUCCCCUUCAUAGACGUGCUUCACUUCGGAUGGCCCGUGCAGUGGACGCUCGGCGGGAUACGCGGAAUUGCCUUCGCAGAUUUGGGUGGAGCUUGGUCAGAUUGGCAAUAUGGACCGAAGAAUCCUUUCAAGAUAUUUGUUCGCGAUAAGAACCGUAUCCGCCUUGAAGAUGUCAAAGCCUCAAUCGGGGCUGGACUUCGCUUGCAACUCGGGGCGUUCUCACUGGACUUCGCAGCAGCAUGGCAUACGGAUCUGAUCAGCGUGGAACCCGGUAUGAAAUACCAUCUCGGACUCGGACAAACUUUUUAA